AUGCAGACCGUCAUCUGGGUCGCCAAUCAGAGGACGUCAUGGUCGGCAUCGCCAGGCGAGCGCAUCAUCCACUGUGACAUCAAGCCGGAGAACAUACUUCUGGACAGGGCUUUCACGCCCAAGAUCGCAGACUUUGGGAUGGGGAAGCUGGUUGGGAGGGACUUCAGCCGGUCGCUGACCACGAUGCGGGGCACCGUCGGGUACCUCGCGCCGGAGUGGAUCUCCGGGCUGCCCAUAAGCGCCAAGGCCGACGUGUACAGCUUCGGGAUGGUGCUCUUCGAGCUCAUCUCCGGGCGGCGUAACAACGCCGAGGGGCACGAUAUGAUGGCGCCUCAUCGGACGACGACAGGGACGGCGGCGGCGGCGACCGAGAGUCGUCCACGUUCUUCCCGGUAUGUGCCGCGGUCAGAGUGGCGGAAGGGGACACGGCCGCCGUGGCGGACGCGCGGCGACGUGAGCGAGGACGAGCUGGAGCGCGCCUGCCGGGUGGCGUGCUGGUGCAUCCAGGACCAGGAGGCCCAUCGGCCGGCCAUGGCGCAGGUCGUGCAGGCGCAGGUCGUGCAGGCGCAGGACGUGUUCACUGGUGGAAUGUGA